AUGAGACGCAAAAUAUUAUUGUGCUGUGUUCUACUUGUGGAGGCUUAUGGCUAUCGCUACGAGAAGGAACUUCAUGAGCAUUUGUUUGCAAAUUACAGUAGUGACGUUUUCCCAAGUGAGACCAUUGGCCAACCGGUCAAUGUCUCCAUCCACGCCGAGAUGAACUACAUCAUUGGGAUUGAUGAAAUCCACGAGAUCCUCUCCUCUGAUCUUCAGUUGACGCUGUCAUGGACGGAUGUCAGUUUGGCGUGGAAUGAAGAUAUAUAUGGUGGCAUCAAAGACAUAAUUGUCCCCGUGAUGAGGAUGUGGGUUCCUGACGUUGCCAUCCAGAAUGCUUUGAGCGAGAGGCGUCGACUUGUUAAGGAUGAUCAACAAGUAACCGUAACAUCCUCCGGUGCCGUGUUCUGGAUCGCUGACUACAUCGGGCCAUCUUUGUGUCCUUUAGUAAUGACCAAGUACCCUUUUGACAGGCAGAAAUGUACCCUGUACAUUGAAGCGCUCUCCCACGGUAAAGACAAAGUGCAGUUCGUUCAUAUUACUGCUCUGGAUGGUUCUGGAAUUUACCCAAACGGCCAAUGGAGAUUCGUGGAAUCUACCUGCAAUCUGACCCAGGAGACGAGUGGGGACAGUGUCGCUUUGGUUACGCUGUACAUGCAACGUAGACGAGAGUACUACCUGGUCACCAUUGUCCUCCCAACCGUAGUGACAUCGUUACUCAACCCCUUCGUGUUCCUGUUGCCAGCAGAGAGUGGGGAGAAGAUGGGGCUGUCCACGACGUUGCUGCUGUUCUACUCCGUCAUGCUGACCCACAUCUUCAGCAACAUCCCCUCCAACUCACACACCAUGCCUGUAAUUGGAUUUUUUCUGGGAGCACAGCUGCUGUUAUCAGCUCUUUCCCUCGGUUGUUCGGUUGUCCUUCUUCACGUGAAACAUAACACUGCUCCUGCCAAGGAAGAUCAGAGGGAGGAGGAAAGAAGAGCUUUCUACCGACGAGUCGACCGACUGCUAUUUUGGUUGUUUGCGAUAUCAGGGCUGAUCCUGUUCAUUUCAAUCUUCGUUUAUAUUCUAAACUAA